AUGGGUAAAAACAUCUUUAGAAAGCCUAAAAAAACAUCAGAAGAAUCUGAUAGUAAAAAAAAUAAAAAUAAAUCUUCAAGUUCUGGUUUUAAGGCUCUGAUUACGGACGAUGGGAAGGAUUAUAUUCCAUUUAACGAAGAUGAAGAAAAUUCACAAGAUGAAGAUUAUGAAAAACUUGGUUUGCCGCGCUCAUUCACGCCAGAAGUUACAGACGAUGAAUUAGAUGAGGAGCUAGAAGAUGAAUAUCAUGAAGAUGAAGAAGAGGAUGAAGAAGAUGAUGAUGAAGAUGAAGAAAAGGAAGAUAGAACAAAUUGGGGGAAAAGGUUAAAGGAAUACUAUGUUGAAGGAUCAGAUGAAGAGUCAGAUGAAGAAGCAUUGGAAGAUCGCAUAGCAGAAGCACGUGAAAUUGCAGAAGAAAUGUAUGAAGAUGUGGAAGAAGAAGAUGCAGAAUUGGAUAGAUAUAUAGAAUCAGAAAAGGAAGAUGAUUCAACAGCCCUGGAUACCCUGAUUGAUAAUUUAUCUGAAUCAUUGAAGAAGGAUUCGGAAAAAAUUGAACUCCCUGAAAACUUUUUAAAAAUGAGCGAUGAAGAUAAAAGAGAGUUUCUGGACAAGGAACAUCCAGAGUUCCUAUUACUACUGAAAGAAUUCAAGGAUAAGUCAGAUAUAUCUAGGGAACAAAUAUUUAAGAUUUUAAAUGAUCCAAAGUCAUACAAACUAUGUACAAAGGAUGGUCUUGAAUAUUUGGAUAUUAGAAAUGAGCUCUUCCUGAUGUAUUUGUCGUAUCUCACAUAUUAUCUCCUCCUCAAAGUACACGGAGUAUCUGUGGAAAAGCAUCCAGUGAUAGACCGCUUGUUGGAAAUAAGGCUUCUGUUAGAUAAAGCGAAACCAAUAGAGAAUAAAUUACAGUAUCAGAUAUCCAAACUAUUAAACAACUUAAAAGCUAAAGAGGAAGAUGAGGAGGAGUUGGUUCCUAAGCCGGAAAAUAUUGAAGUUGACACCGUGAAAGGAAAGAAAUACAAGGCUCCGAAACACUUGAUAAAUCAAUACACGACUAAUGAAGAGAAGGAGGAAGGUGAAGGUGACCAGUACAAGUUUAUGAAAAAAUUAAAUGAAAUUGAGGAGUAUGAGAUGGAUCAUAUGAGGCGCAUACCAAUGAGCAAGAAAUAUAAAAAAUACCUGAAAAUGAUGGAUAAGAACCAGAGGAAUUUGGUUGGGAGUAAUUUGCAAGAUUUAACGAACUUUGGAAGUGGAAUUGUAGGUUCUGAAAGGAAAAGUAACGCAAGUGACCUGAACCUAGUGGCUCAAAAGUUAAGACAAAGUGUAAUAAUGUCAGAAAAAAGAAAUAACCCAGAUUUGUUAUACACCGGAAGUACAAUAAAGAAAGCUAAAAAAGGCACUCCAGUAGAAAAUUUGCAUUCAAACAAACAAGAAAAAGAAAAAAGAAGAAAACCAGACGAGGUGGAUAAAAUAAAGAAUAAAUAUAAUAAACUUAAAGAGGAAAGAAAGAAAAAGUACCAAGAAAAGAAUGUUAAAGUAUAUAAACCACAGCCCGUAGUGGAUGGAAAGAGAGAAAUCGGAAAGGAUAUCAUGAAGAAUAGAGGAUUGGUGAUCAAGAGAACCAAAACACAAGGAAACGCAAGAGUAACAAAUCGCAAAAAGUUCGAAAAGAAAAUGAAAGUAUUCAACGCAAUGACUAAUAGAAAUCGAAUUGAAAACUUAGAUUACUCAGGAGAGGAAACAGGAAUAAACGUAAAUAAAAAGAAGUCACUCAACGCAUAA